AUGCGUGCUCUUGCUUUUCACGGAUUGCUCGAAGAGGUUCAGGCCAUCCACCUGGACAUGCUCGCCUUUGGAUUCGAGGAAUGCAUCGACUCGCUCAACCAUCUACUCCAAGCAGCCAUUGUCUGUGCGGACGAACAGGCGACGGCUGCCACGCUCGAAAGCAUCUUCGCCCUUCAACCUUCAACCUCUUCCUCACUCGAGCGAUCCGAAGAGCUGGCCAAAGUGCUCCUUGGCGAUGCUUCCAGCGGCACCACUCGUGCAAAAGCUGUUCGCAUCCCCGGGCUCACCUUGCCCAUCGAACAGAUGCGCAAUUGGACCGCAACCACGUUUGCACAUGUCGUCGACUGCGCCUGUCAGGAUCACAACCUCGAGUAUGCUCUUUUGCUUCUCUCCACGUGCUAUCGACUGCAACUAUCGCUCCCGCACGACACACUAUCGCGCCUCAUCAGCCUCUGCCUCCAUUGCGGCGAGUUUCGGGCUGCGCUGGAGCUGGCCGACCUCAUGGAACAAGGCGGGCUGGUCUACCGAGAUUCUUCUUCAGGAUCUCACACAGGCUUGGAUAGGAGCAACACGCUACGAUCGGAAGCACGAGGUGGCCAGGUCUCUCGUCGCUUGCCUCCCAGUAUGUGGAUGGCGGUACUGCGAUCCUGCGCUGAGGGUGGCUACUUGCCAGGUGUCGAACUCGCCUGGUCCAAAGCAGUGACCCAAGGUCUGCAAUCUCCAGACGAUGGCCUGCUGCAGCUCAUCCUCGCGCUAGCGGCCAAAGAGGGGAGUGCGCAGAUGGCGCAAGUCUGCCUGCGACACAUCGAUCCGACGUUUGACGUCUCGGACACUGCGUCUGCCUCUUUCCGCUUGACUUGCACGGGCGAACCGGGAUCGGCACGGAGGGUGUCGGCGUCGUCCAAACGCAUCGAGGUGCAGGAAUGGCACUUGGCGCCGCUGUUUGAAGCGCAGUGCAGUGCGCACGACUACCCGGGUGCAAUGCGCACGUUACGCGCAUACCAUGCUCGGGGCUAUCACAUUACGGACCGCACCACGUCGAGGAUCAGCACGUCGAUCUAUCCGGAUAGGGCGGCGCUGCAGCUCGCGCGGGAUGCACUGACGCACGCGGCGACUGAUGCAGCCGUGGGGACGCAUCCGUCGAUUGUCAAUGCGGUGCUGAGUGCCGCCGUAUGGCUGGGCGACCUCUCGCAGGCGCUUGAGAUCUACCACGCAAUGCCGACCUACCACACGUUUGCUGCGAGCAGCACCAGUGGCGGGCAGUCCUCUGCGCGCCACGCGCGUGACCGCGUGUCGCCGGACCUCGCCACAUUCAACGCGCUCCUCAGCGGCUGCAUCGACGCGGCCGACUACCACACGGGCGUCGACCUGCUCCGCGACCUCAACGCACUGCAAAUCCGCCCCGACGUCGUCACGUUCGAACGCAUGGUCAUCCUCUGCCUCACCCAGCCCACGUACGACGACGCCUUCGGCUUGAUCCAAGAGGCCAAACACAAGCACAUACUCCCCAGCCGCAAGAGCUACGAGGCCCUCGUCCGCAAGUGCUUCCGCGAACACGACCACCGCUGGCAAACCGUCCUCGCCGACAUGUCCGACCAGGGCUACCGCCCCAGUCCGCGCCUGCUCCGCGAACUCGACCUCGACCCGGCUACCUUCGUCUCCAACUCCAGCCGUUCGCGGUAA